AUGGCAGUGGGAGAAGAUGGAACGAGAUGGGUUUGGGCCGACAUUGUGCAAAUGUUCUCAUCGGUUAAAUAUUUGAUUUAAUUAGAUUUCUGUUCCCAAAACUAAAAUAUGUUAUGAACAGAGUGGACUGUAAGGUUUGUAGACUAUACCAGUUUGCGAAAGUAAAACAAUAUUGUGUUGUGUAGAAUGAGCGCAAGCGCGAAUUGAGUUAUUGCACAUGCAGAGUAGAGGCGUUCUUUAACAAGAAUAUGCAAAUAAUGCUAGACCGCGCCAAUAGAAUGUCGCUAGCUCGUGCUUGGCUCUUGCACACUAUGAUUAAUUUGCUCCCGGCCAGUGUGCCAGUGGAAACGCCAAGCGGAUGCUUCACAUUUAUACAUUCGGUGAAAUAUCUGUCUCAUUGUUCUUUCUAUCUGUGGUAAAGAGCUGUCACGACGUGCUGAUGAUCUGUCCCCCUCAUUCACCUGACUCAGCCAAUGCUGGACUAAAUUGCCUCCUGCAGUGUUCUUAACGCUCACCCCACUACUCACUCGGCAACAACAUGUCACAGUGAAAUAUUUGUAUAUAUUUUUUAAGAGAAACGCCAUGGCGGGCGCAGUGCAACAAUGUUUUCAAAGUAGCCCAAUUUCGGGAAAACCGCAGACAUGGGAACCCUAGCUGCAUUAUUUAAACGCAAACACAUUAGCUAGCACAAGACAAACAAACUGAUUUAACAUCUCGUGUAACUUUGAAGAUUUGUGAUCAAACCAGACAUGUAUACAAGUCGUAUUUAAAAAAGUUAAAUAUUUACAAAAUGUACUCCUGACGGCGUUCUGAGCUUGUGAAAAGCAAAAUUACUUUUAUCUAAGACAAAUAGUAAUAUUAGUAGUUAUUCGUAAUGUUACAUUAAUAAUAUGGGUAUGAUCUUUACUGUUUGAAGCGUAUUAAAAUAUGAAGGAGCUACACCUUAAAGUUAUCCAAUCAGAAGAACAUAUUCAAACCUGUAUUUUAAGCCAAUGAAAAUUGAGGACGUCAUGAAUUAGAAACGUAUCUAGCGUUCGGCUAAGCUAGUUGGCAAAAAAAUACGUUUACUAGCUUGUCCUGUAAAAUAGAAUUGAAAAGAUGGCGACGGCAAUAUACCUGGAACAUUACCUCGACAGUAUUGAGAAUCUGCCCUGUGAACUACAGAGGAACUUUUCACUGAUGCGGGACCUGGACAAUAGAACUGAAGCGAAAAAAGGAGAGAUCGACAAGCUGGCAGAGGAGUACAUCUCAAGUGUAAGGAACUUGGCUACGGAACAGAGGGUUGUGCACCUGCAGAAGAUCCAGAGUGCUUACUGCAAGUGCAAAGAGUUCAGCGAUGACAAAGUGCAGCUUGCCAUGCAGACAUAUGAAAUGGUAGACAAGCAUAUCCGCAGGCUGGAUGCAGACCUGGCCCGAUUUGAGAAUGAGCUGAAGGAGAAGCUGGAAGUGAGCGGCUAUGACAGUCCAGAAGGAAGAGGGUUAAAGAAGGGUGAAGGUCGGGGACUGAGGGAGAAGCGUGGACCCAAGGGGAGAGGCAGGAAAUCAUCGGAUGAGGAUUCUCCCAGGAAGAAAAAGCUUAAAAACAGCCCAGAAUUGAGUGACGCUCUCCUGCCAAUGCAACCAUCAGAUGUUUUGGACAUGCCAGUUGAUCCAAAUGAGCCAACAUACUGCUUGUGCCAUCAAGUGUCAUAUGGAGAGAUGAUUGGAUGUGAUAACCCUGAUUGCCCAAUUGAGUGGUUUCACUUUGCUUGUGUUGAUCUUGCUACGAAGCCAAAGGGAAAAUGGUUUUGUCCACGAUGCACCCAGGAUAAGAAGAAAAAAUGAUCUAUUUCUUAAGUACUUUUCUAUUAAUGUGUUUUUUUUUGUCUGUAGUAAAAUAGUGUAAUAUAUUUACAAAAAAUAUUUCCCUUUCUAUUAUGGCUGUGCAUAGAUAUGAUGGUCUAAAUACAAAGCUUUUAUUCAAAGUACUUGAAAUUUGUAAAGGUUUUAGUAUUUGACAAACACAUUUAACUGCUGUUGAUAAUACAUUUUCUCCAUGGUUUAGUUAUUUUUUUAAAUUCUGUCCAAGUGUUACGAUCUAAUUUGUGCCUGCAUUUUAGUUACCUAGCUACCUCUUGGGUUCAAGCACAAAAUAUGUAUACAACAAUCUUGAAUCCUGCCAAAAGAUCUUAAACCAAGCAAACAAAAAUGUUCACUCCGUCCAUUUUUGGACUAAUAAGCUAUCUGGUAAAAGGUGUACUAUAUUUUUAUAUCGACUGUCAAAAGCAGUUGCCCUCUCUUGAAUGUAUGAUGGUGAUAAUGGUCAGACAUUUAGGAAGCUACUGGGAUUUCUUUGCCAACAUAACCAGUGAGCAUUAAAGCACUUUGAAUUAAAAUCAACUGCUCACCACUAAUUAUUAACAAUGCCUAGAUACAAAAGGAAAAAACUCUGGGGAAUGGUGUUCCAAAGAUAUCUUAUUUAAACUGCUAUAAAGUAUGAAAGAAAGACCAGCAGUAGCUAGGUUUCCAUCCAAUUUGCGACUGAUUUUCAUGCAUAUAUUCUAAAAUCUGCAUACGAACUGCAUUUCCAUCAAACUUCCGAUGGUUAUCACAAACUGUUGUGAUAAUGGUCUAUAGACAGUUCAGACAGGGUAGGUUAUAUGAUGAGGUAUAGAAAAAAGCCAGAUCACUUUUAGCAGCCAAGCAUCAUUCAAAUUAUAGCCUUUGACAUUUAGUGGAAAAUUGCAUGAAGCUCAUCACCAUAUGCUCUUAUCCAGUGACUUACAGGAGCCAUUGGGGUUAAGUGCCUUGCUCAAGGGCACAUCAACAGAUUUUUCACAUUUUUUGGAUUCUGGGAUUUUUUUGUGGUUACUGGCCAUUACUGGCCCAAUGCUCUUAACCUCUAGGCUACCUGCCGUCUACUUAACCACCAUAACUUAUUUCACGAACUUCAUAACUUAUGACGAACUUUAACUUAACUGCCGAUAAACUCUGCAUGCUUUUUCACUUUGUGUUAGUAGAACAACGAAACAUAUCAUUCAUUGCAUGACUUCAAGCUUACUGCGGUUUUUAUAUGGCAAUAUUUGCGUGUAAAAACAUUAUCACCGCAAUUGUGGCAAUAUCCCACUUUGUCUUGCGUAUUUUGUUUUGGCAACAUUGGGAAAUGUACCGUUUACAUGAGGCCUGUCGUGAGUUUAAAAAAAUAAAUGCGUCAGGUAAUUAAUCUGCAUGAAAUGGUUGGAUAGAAACCUGGUUAUUUGAAGAAAUUGAACAUAAAUGAUUCUGAGCUAUUAUCCACUGUAUAAAACCACUGCUAUUGCUUUUGAAUAUUUUUUUGACCUAAAAUUAAAUGUAGAGAUUCAGAUGAUAUUUGAUAGUUGUAUGUGCUACUUUUUAUUCAAACCUUACACAAUACUAUUGUACUUGAUAUAGAAUACAAUGUUGACAACGACAUGUGACAAGAAUAUUACUUUCCAAAGAUUGUUACUUUAGACAUGUGACAAGAAUAUUACUUUCCAAAGAUUGUUACUUUAGAUAAUUGUUUGAGAUUCUUAGGGGUUUAGCAUAAACUUCUCUUUGAUAUAUUCACAGUUAACUAAUCUUGUACAAGUAUAAUGCUGUUGAAACAGAGGGUCAAGGAGACAAAGUACUUGUAUUUUGUAAAUGUAAGUUUCAUAUCAAUAAACAUGUACAACUACUCAA